AUGUCAACAUCAUCCAGCAUCCUCAUCAGACGUCCUCAAGACAUCCUGGUAUUACAUUGUGGCCAUUUACCUGUGCCCAUCGAUGGAGGAUCUGGCCAUGUACCUGUGUCCAUCAAUGGAGGAUCUGGCAAUUUACCUGUGUCCAUCAAUGGAGGAUCUGGCAAUUUACCUGUGUCCAUCAAUGGAGGAUCUGGCCAUGUACCUUGGUCCAUCGAUGGAGGAUUUGGCCAUGUACCUGUGCCCAUCGAUGGAGGAUCUGGCCAUGUACCUGUGUCCAUCAAUGGAGGAUUUGGCCAUGUACCUGUGUCCAUCAAUGGAGGAUCUGGCCAUGUACCUGUGUCCAUCGAUGGAGGAUCUGGCCAUGUACCUGUGUCCAUCGAUGGAGGAUCUGGCCAUGUACCUGUGUCCAUCAAUGGAGGAUCUGGCCAUUUACCUGUGCCCAUCGAUGGAGGAUUUGGCCAUGUACCUGUGUCCAUCAAUGGAGGAUCUGGCCAUGUACCUGUGUCCAUCGAUAGAGGAUUUGGCCAUGUACCUGUGUCCAUCAAUGGAGGAUCUGGCCAUUUACCUGUGUCCAUCAAUGGAGGAUCUGGCCAUGUACCUGUGUCCAUCAAUGGAGGAUCUGGCCAUUUACCUGUGUCCAUCAAUGGAGGAUCUGGCCAUGUACCUGUGUCCAUCAAUGGAGGAUCUGGCCAUCUACCUGUGCCCAUCGAUGGAGGAUUUCGCCAUGUACCUGUGUCCAUCAAUGGAGGAUCUGGCCAUGUACCUGUGUCCAUCGAUAGAGGAUUUGGCCAUGUACCUGUGUCCAUCAAUGGAGGAUCUGGCCAUUUACCUGUGUCCAUCGAUGGAGGAUCUGGCCAUGUACCUGUGUCCAUCAAUGGAGGAUCUGGCCUUUUACCUGUGUCCAUCGAUGGAGGAUCUGGCCAUGUACCUGUGUCCAUCAAUGGAGGAUCUGGCCAUUUACCUGUGUCCAUCGAUGGAGGAUCUGGCCAUGUACCUGUGCCCAUCGAUGGAGGAUCUGGCCAUGUACCUGUGUCCAUCAAUGGAGGAUCUGGCCUUUUACCUGUGUCCAUCGAUGGAGGAUCUGUCCAUGUACCUGUGUCCAUCGAUGGAGGAUCUGGCCAUGUACCUGUGUCCAUCAAUGGAGGAUCUGGCCAUGUACCUGUGUCCAUCGAUGGAGGAUCUGGCCAUUUACCUGUGUCCAUCGAUUGA